UACCUAUAUUAUACGUCGUCUAUAAUAUAUAUAUAUAUUGAAAAUUACUCGAGCGACAUCUGGUCUCACAAAAAAUAAUAAAAAAACAAAAUGACUGUUGGUGGAAAAAUAUUAAUAACGUCAAAACGUUCAGCAUGUGAAUUUGAUAUUUUGAGAAAACCAACUAAAGGAUGUUAUUGCGUUAAUAAUAAUCAAAAUAAAUUAAAAUUAAAGUCAAUUAGCACAACUGUCGAUAACCAUCUUUGGCCAUGUGAUUAUUGCAAAAGUAAUUUUAAUGUGAAAUUAAGUGAUUUUGCGAUUACUGAUGAUGCAAAAAUUAAUCCACCAUCACCAGCAGAAUCAACAUUUACUCGUGAUUUAUCUAAAAAAGUUUAUGAAAUAUCAAAUUACAUUCCAAGAUCAGAAUUUCUUCGCAAUGUUAAAAAUAAAUUGUCUAAAAACUAUAAUUACACUGGAAAAUCAAAGUCCCAAAUGUUUUUAUCAACUGAUAGACAGAAAUCAUUCAAAAAAUCACAUACUGAAGAUAAUUAUUUUACUGAUGAAUCCGCAAAUUUUCAAAUAUUUGAUCCAAAAACUAUUAACUCAGCGGAAAACAAUAGUUCUACUCCAAAAAUAAAAACUAUCUUUACAUCUGCAAUACCAUCAUACAGAAAGACAUCAAUGGAUAGACUGAAAUCAAAGAAGACGAUUCGCUCAUUAUCUAAAUUGAAUUCUCGACAACAAGAUAAACGAUCAAUCUCUAAAACAUCUUUAUUAGAUAGUAAUAAUAAAACACCGAGAGUUAUUGUACAAAAUAAUUGCGAUUAUGAGAGUUGUUUUAUAAAUACAAGAGGUAGAAAUUUAAAUAGCCGUAAACAAACAUGUUGCAAAUGCGGUGGAAAACAAUCAUCACUACUGUCUAUUAAUAAUAAAAAUGAUCCGGUGGAAAAGGAAACGUUCAAACUGGAUAAAUUUCGUAAAAUAAAUUAUUUUGACACUCAUGGUUCUAGUCAUACUCUGCUAUCAAUAGAGUCACCAGCAGAAUUAGUUGAUCAGUACAAACUCAAUGAUCGACUUUUUCUUGAACCAGUUGAUAAAAUAAAUCCUCAUGAUCUAGUGGUAUCAUUGCCAAUUACUAAAAAUAAAAAUAUUCAGCAAAUAGCUCACUAUUUUCCUCGCAAUAUUAUUGUAGAUCAAUAUUGUAAAGAUAAUAAAAAAAAACAUACCCAUAAAAAGAGCCCACUCACAGAAGUAAAUUCUCAUCUCGAAUUAAAUAAUUUAAUUUCCAUCAAUAAAAAACCACCACUAUCUCUUAUUACUAAUAAUAAUAGUCUUGCAUUAAGAUUUCAAAAAAAAAAAAUUUUAUAG